AUGUCUUCAUACUCUUCAUCUUACCAAUCUUCCUCCGGUGGAGGAGGUGGUGGUUAUUCCAGCAGUCGUGGUGGCGGAAGCUACCGUGAUAACAGAGAAACCUCUCCCAGAAGAUCUAGCAGACCUGCUUCUUCUGGUUACGAAGGUUCAUCUCGUGGAGGUGACGAUCGUGGUUAUUCUUCUUACCGCUCCGGUGGUGAUAGCCGUGGUGGUGCCAGCGGUGGUAGCAGUGGUGGUUAUGGUGGUGGUAACAGCUACGGUGGAAGCAGUGGCGGUUAUGGUGGAGGUAACAGCUACGGUGGAAGCAGUGGUGGCUACGGUGGUGGCUAUGGUGGUGGCGGUGGACAAUAUGGCCAAGGUCAAGGUGAUACCAACGGUGCUGGUUUAAAGGAUAUUGAUUGGGAUAUUACCGCUUUGCCCAAGUUCGAAAAGAACUUUUAUUGUGAACAUCCCGAUGUCUCUGCUCGUUCAGCUGAGGAAGUUACUGCUAUCAGAGCUGCUGCUACCAUGAACGUUACUGGUCAUGAUGUUCCUAAACCUCUUCAAACUUUUGAAGAAGCCAACUUCCCUACCUACGUCAUGGACGAACUUGCCAAGCUUGGUUUCUCCAAGCCUACCCCUAUUCAAUGUCAAGGUUGGCCUAUGGCUUUAAGUGGUCGUGAUGUUGUCGGUGUUGCCGAGACUGGUUCCGGUAAGACUUUAGCUUACACUUUGCCCGCUAUUGUUCACAUCAAUGCUCAACCUUUGCUCCAACCUGGUGAUGGACCCAUUGUCCUUAUCUUGGCUCCUACCAGAGAAUUAGCUGUCCAAAUUCGUGAAGAAUGUGUUAAGUUCGGUUCUACCUCUAGAAUUAAGAACACCUGUCUCUAUGGUGGUACCCCUCGUGGACCUCAAAUCCGUGAUUUAUCUCGUGGUGUUGAGAUCUGUAUUGCUACUCCUGGUCGUUUGAUUGAUAUGCUUGAAGCCGGUAAGACUAACUUGAAGCGUGUCACCUAUCUCGUUCUUGAUGAAGCUGAUCGUAUGUUGGAUAUGGGUUUCGAACCCCAGAUCAGAAAGAUCAUCAACCAAAUUCGUCCUGAUAGACAAACUCUUAUGUGGUCUGCUACUUGGCCCAAGACUGUUGAGCGUUUAGCUCAACAAUACCUCAAGGAUUAUAUUCAAGUUACUGUUGGUUCUUUAUCUCUUAGUGCUUCCGAAAACGUUACCCAAACUGUUGAGAUCUGUACCGAUCAAGAGAAGCGUGGUAAAUUGAUUGCUCAAUUAGAACGUAUUAUGGAAAACCCUGAGAAUGAAAGAAAGACAAUUAUCUUUACUAGUACUAAGCGUACUGCCGAUGAUAUUACCCGUUUCCUCCGUCAAGACGGUUUCCCUGCUCUUGCUAUCCAUGGUGACAAACAACAAAAUGAACGUGAUUGGGUUUUGAACCAAUUCAGAUCUGGUGGACAUCCUAUUAUGGUCGCUACUGAUGUUGCUUCUCGUGGUAUUGGUACGUAUUUUUCUCCUUUUUGUUGUGGGAACAAAAAAAUCAAAAAGAUGCAGAGCAAUGGUUUUAUUACUAUCUCUCUCGUAAUCGCGCGAAUAUUUUUUCUUUAG